AGCAGGCUACAGAUGCCUCCUUGGCAUCAGAAAACUGGGCUGCAAACAUGGAGGUAUGUGACAUGAUCAAUGAAACAGAUGAUGGCCCCAAGGAUGCCUUUAAGGCCAUCAGGAAAAAGCUGCAGCAAAAUGCAGGGAAGAACAACACUGUCAUCAUGUACACCCUCACGGCAACUCUUGGAAACCUGUGUGAAGAACUGUGGACAUCGUUUCCAUAUUCAUGCUUGCAGCAAAGAAAGUAUUCAGGAGCUGGUCCCAAGUAUGACCCACCACAUGCAGUACAAGAGAAGGUGUUGGGGCUGAUUCAAAGCUGGGCUGAGGCUUUUCGUCAUGUCCCAGACCUCCAGGGAGUGGUACAAGUAUAUAAUGAUCUACGAAGCAAAGGGAUCCAAUUCCCUGCCACUGAUCUAGAUUCUAUGGCUCCCAUUCAAACCCCUCCCCGAUCAGUUGAACCUCCUGUGCAACAAUCUAAUACAAGAGGAAGGGAAGACCGAAGUGAGGCAGAGGUGGCUCCACUGCCCAUCACCCUCAAUGAUGAACAGCUUGGCAAAGUGCAGAGUGAAUUGGAUGUUGUCAAUGGGAAUAUUAAAGUUCUUGAUGAAAUGCUUGCAGAACUGAAACCUGACAAAGAGCAUCACCCACAAGAUCUACAGCUUCUUCAUGAACUAUAUGAAACCUGUCGAGCCAUGCAGCAGAGGGUGGUGGGCCUCAUCAGCCAUAUUACAAAUGAUGAGCUCACAGCUGAACUCCUUCGCAUCAAUGAUGAACUGAAUGGCCUGUUCCUGCGCUAUGGACGUUUUGAGCGCCAGCGCAAAUCUGAGGGAAAAGCGAGCAGUGGUACUUCAGCUGAAGUGAGGAAGGAUUCAAACACCAAACCCCUCAUUGACUUUGGAAGUGAGGACACAUCAACAUCAGGUGUGACGGGCCAACUCGCUUCCCUCAGCGUGACAGCUGCUGCAACAGGACACGAUCAACCAGCCAAGCCAUCCACUCAUUCUAAGAGUGAGGAAGACUCAGAGUUUGACAUUGGGAGCUCAUAUGCAGACAACAUCAACAUCGAUCAGACCAACAAGAGUUUGGCUGAAGCAGCUCGAUCACGACUUCACCCUGAGGUGGAUGGAAGUUUAGAUCUGCAGCUCCAACGAGAGAGUGAUUUCGAUGAAAUGGAAGCAUGGUUAAAAGAGAAUCCAGAUUCAACAGAUCCCGUGACCAGUUCAGAAUUCGAUCGUUUCCUGGCCGAACGUGCGGCUGUUGCUGAACGUCUUCCACCAGCACGGAGUGACUCAUCGAAAAAGGCAGAGACAGAAAAUUCCCUGUUUGGCCUCUAAAAUACCCUCACACCUCCACACUCCAUAAGUUUCACUGUUUGCCACAUCCAUAACACAUCGACUCACCAGUCAAUCGGUGCUUCUCACCUGGAAACAGGAAGUAUCUCUCAUCUUUAGCAUUCCUUAUCUUUCUGUAAUCAGUUCUAUCAAAUUUUUGGCUUCAUUCCUUUGCAUCCACAUCUGGACCUGAAUUUUAUAGUAAAUAUCAUCUUAUGCAUGGAAUAACUUGUUUCUUUAAUGUAUUUUUUUGUAAGGUCUACAGCUGUAAAUGUGAAUGGAUGUAUAUGGGAUCCUACUUUUUAUGGAAAAACUGUGUCUCGUGCUAAUACGAGAUAUAUGUGGCCAUGUUAUUCGGUGUAUCUGGGUCAGAUCAAAGAUACUUGACAUGUAUUUUUAUGGAUCUUUUAAAAUGAAGAUUGAACUAAUUUCUGAGGAGUUCCAAACUGCUGGGCUGAGUAUCUAGUCACUGCAUAGGAGCAAUUUCCUCAUCAUACAUGUAUGAGAAUUCAAGAAAGGGUCUGUCCCUUUUCAGUUGCUGAAUUUAUCACAAGUACUUUUGGUUGCUUGCAAAGGUG